AUGUCUCAAGAUGUGGAGAAGAAGCUUUCCGAGCUGCAGACCUCCUCGGUCAAGGAAGAAUCACUCAAGGAUGUUGACCAAGCCUACCAGUUUGCCAAAGAACACUGCGCCGGUCCCCUCAGCGAUGAGGACGACCGGCGCAUUUUGCGCAAGAUUGACUUCCAUCUCCUGCCACUGAUGGUGAUAACGUAUACGCUCAAUUUCAUGGAUAAAAAUGCGCUAUCAUACUCAGCCAACUUUGGACUUAUCGAUGAUAAUCACCUCGUCGGGAAUCAGUACAGUUGGGCCUCUGGUUCCAUAUUCUACCUAGCGUAUAUGGUUUCCCAGCCUGUCGUUGCUCGCUUGGUCGUUCGCUUCCCGGUUGGCCGUUUUGUAGCAUGCGCGACCAUCCUGUGGGGAGCAGUGCUCAUGACCCUGCCUGCUUCUAGGUCCUUUGCUGCUUUGAUGACGAUCCGUGCCCUCCUUGGCUGCCUCGAGUCCUGUAUUAAUCCAGCUUUUAUCAUCAUUUCGUCCCAGUGGUGGAAGCGAGAGGAGCAGCCCAUGCGCAUCACCUGUUGGUACCUUGGAAACUCCAUCGGCCAAGUCUGUGGAGGUCUUCUUGGGUACGGCAUUGCUCACAUCAACUCCUCCAGCGUGCCAAACUGGUCCUGGUUCUUCAUCAUAUUUGGCGCCAUCACCAUAGUCUACGGGUCCUUCCUUGUCUACUAUCUGCCCGACUCUCCUAUGAAUGCACGUUGGCUUUCGGAGGAGGAUCGUGCCAUGGCUAUUGAGCGCGUCCGCAGCAAUCGCACCGGUAUAGAUACCAAUGUCUGGAAGUGGUCUCAAUUCAAGGAAUGCAUCACCGACAUUCCUUGCUGGUUGCUGGUUGCAACCUUUUUCUUGGACGAUAUCCCCGCUGGUGGCGUUGCGUCGUUUGGAAGCAUUGUUGUCAAGGGUUUCGGUUACAGCACACUCUAUUCCACACUGCUUCUCUGCCCCUUGGGAGUGAUCCAGGCGAUUUGUCUUCUAUUUGGAGGCUGGAUGACUUCCCGAUUCAAGAACAUUCGUACAUGGCUAAUUGCUGGUUGUCAGAUUCCCGCUCUUAUUGGAGCUGUCUUGUUAUAUACCUUGCCUAGGUCCAACCAGCGCGGGCUCCUUGGCUCAUACUACAUUGUCCAGACCCACGGCAUCGUGGGCACUCUGACCAUGUCUCUGGUUUCCAGCAAUUUUGCAGGCUAUACAAAGAAAGCCACUGCCUCCGCCAUGAUGUACAUUGCCUUUUGUGUUGGUCAAGUCGUUGCGCCGCAGCUUUUCCUCUCGUCUGAAGCACCUGUAUACGAGACUGCUUUCCGCGCUUCCUUCAUAUGCUUUGCUUUAUGCAUCGUCGCCACUAUUGUUCUCAGAUAUUACUUGAUUUGGGAGAACAAGAGGCGUGAUCGCCUGGCUCUGACUGAAACUGUUCCGGCCACUGAGGGUGAGGAGUUCCUGGACUUGACGGAUAAGGAGCAGAAGCAUGUGUUCCGGUAUGUGUUGUAG